GUCAAAUGCCCUUCGUCCGACUUCAAAGCUUCACCUCACACACCGAAAUCUUUGACUACUAGCCAUGGCGUCGAUGACUAGCCAGCCCUCAUCUCGUGCCCUCAAUGCCAUUCUACCUCUCAUUACAGCUGGACAAGCGUAUGAAGCCCACCAAAAAGCGCGAACGUUCGCGUCCAGGUACAACAAGUCGGGCCAAUUCGAUACAGCGAUCGACGUCUUAUUCCAAUCUGCGCGCGAGCUGCUGAAGGCGGAUCAGCAGGGAAGUGGGACAGAUCUGGCGUCGUUCAUGCUGGAUGUGUAUAAUAGUAAGGGCGAGGUUGUCAACGACGAAAGUCGAGGUCGUAUCACACAGCUCAUCGCGUUGACUGGCCCAUCUGGCACUUGGAGGAAGACCAUCAUCGACAAGGCUGUUGCGUGGUCAGCGAAACAUGGCCCGUGUCCAGCUGGCGAUGCCAGUCUUCACCACUACAUCGGUGAAUUGCUCUACAAGGAGGGCUCCUUUGACCUAGCGGAGCCGCACUUCCUUGCCUCAGGACAACGCGAUAGCGCUCGCCUCCUCGCAGAGAUGUUCGUUGAGUGGGAAGCUGUGGGGGGAACUGCGGGCACGUUCGCCUUGCGAGGGGCUAUACCCUAUCUUCUCAAUGGCAACAUCCUCGCAGCACGGACGUUCAUCGCGCACUUCGUGUCCCAGAUUACGUCCAAGCGACCUGAACUAGUGUCUACGCUCCAAUCAGCACCAAUACCGAUCGGGAAUAGCAAGGAGGCUCAGACAGACGAGAUAAUUUUCACGACAGAUUCUGUAUUGAAUUUCGCCCAACUCGCCGUGCGGACGUGCCAACGCGCUCAAGGCGCACAGAACAAAGCGAUGCGCGAGGCUUGGGUGCGGCUCUGUGGGACGUAUCAGAGCAAGGGCGGGCUCAUGGCUACCAAGGAAAUUCGCAAGGCAUUGAUUGAGCUGGCGGAGCUCUACUUCUCCAUCCCCCCUCCGAGGACGCAGGCCGCCAACCCUCUGGGAGACAUGUUGUCGGCCAUGUUCGGUGGUGCACCCUCGCCCGCGCAGCCUGCGAGGCGGGUGCUAUCCCCGCCCCCAGCGACAAAAUCGCUAGGACUAGAUUGAGUUGGUCCGAUUUUACCCCGGUUCGAGAUGUACAGUGUCGCUCCAUUCAGUACUCGCAUGCAAUUGUUCUUGUGAUCUAUCACAUUACCGUCUGGUGUGGAUGAAAUAAUAUCGAGGUUUUGUGGACGCGCAAGAUAGAUGGCUGGUGUAAUCUCAGCCGUCCGACUCGAG